AUGCCAGCCCCAGGCAUUCACUGUUAUCCAGCAUUGAUAUAUCCUGUCAACAGCAAAGAGCCAAUAAUCAAUAGGAUGGUCCCUAUAGAAAACAGCACAGUUGCUAAUAGGAUAGCCUUAUACGGGACUUUUGGAGGAACACAUAGAGUCGGGCUCAACGUCCCUUCAGAAAGUGAAAGUAGAGAUAGUGACUGCUCGGCUUGCUGUUUUGGACUGUGGACACCUGUUGAGAUGGCAACACCAGAGUAUUAUGGUGGAGUUGAAGGGGGAGCUACCCAUUCCAAAAUGGUGUUGAUGAAUGAGAAUGGAAACAUCUUAGCGUGGACAGACGGACCAUCAACAAAUCAAUGGUUGAUAGGACAAGAGGAAUGUCUGAAGAGAGUAAACAAUAUGGUUGAGGAUGCCAAAUCUAAGGCAGGACUGGAUCCCAGCACCAAGUUAGUGUCUCUGGGCUUAUCAAUGAGUGGGGCAGACCAGAAGGAGGCUCAGGAUCAGCUGAUCAGUGGAAUGAAAUCCAAAUACCCCCAGUGUAGUCAAAAUGUGUUUAUUGCUAGUGACACUGCUGGGGCCAUUGCAACAGCCACAGAGAAAGGUGGAAUUGUUUUGAUUGCUGGAACUGGAUCUAAUUGUAUGCUGAUCAAUCCUGAUGGAAAAGACUUCAGAUGUGGAGGUUGGGGCCAUCUCCUAGGAGAUGAGGGAUCUGCAUAUUGGAUCACACAGAAAGCCAUUAAGAUUGUGUUUGACCAUGAGGACAAUCUGAAAGUAUCACCACACGAUAUAUCGUUUGUACGGGAUGCCAUGAUGAAAUAUUAUCAGAUCAGUGAUAGAAAUGAAAUUCUUCAUUACUUUUAUUCCAAGUUUGACAAAUCCUACAUUGCUGGCCUAUGUAAAGAACUUGCUCAAGGUGCCAAGGAAAAGAACGACAAGAUAUGUCUGGAACUUUUCAGACAAGCUGGGGAAAUUUUAGCAGAACAUAUCCUUGGUGUUAGCCCACGAAUAGCAGAGGAACUACUGAACACACCCAGUGGACUACAGGUGGUCACAGUGGGGUCUGUUUGGAAAAGCUGGGAUCUCAUGAAAGACGGUUUUGUGAGUGUUUUAAAGGACAGGAAAAGAAAUACCAGAAUAUCUAAGAUAAGUUUACUAGAACUUAAGGAGUCUGCGGCUAUAGGAGCUGCCAGUCUGGGCGCUAAGUCUAUCAAAUUUAGUCUGCCUAUCAACUAUCAAAACAACGCUUCUCUUUAUUUCCAGGCAGAAUUUUGAAUGUCAACAUUUACUCCAGGCAAAAUAAUGGUAAAAUUAUUAGGUUUCAUUUUGGAGGUCUUUUUUUUUAUAAUCAGCAAAGAUUUCUUUACAUUUUUUUUUUAAAAUGGUCUAAUAAUGAAAUAUAUUGCACCAAAAUAUUCUUAUUGUCCCCCACUUUUGCAUAAGUGUGGGGACCUGAAAUCUCAUUUGUCUGUCUAUCUAUCACAAAAACUUAAACCUUGGUCAUAAUGUUUGAAUGAGAGAAGAUAAGGCUUUCAUAUUUCACAUUUGCAUUAUUUGUGACAAGACUUUUUUGAAUGCAGUAUGAUUUUUUGACUUCAUGGUCAUGACCUUGAAGAUUGACCUAAUUUUUUAAGAAAAAAAAUUAAUCUUGGCCUUAGCUUUUGAGUGAGAAGAGAUAGGUCUUUCAUAUUUCACAUGUGCAUUACCUGUAACAAGACCUUUCUAAAUAUACUAUGAUUUUUUACCACUUUACCUUUACCUUGAAGUUUGAUCUACCUUUCAAAAAUAUAACCUUGGCGAUAAUUUUAGUAUUUUUUGUCACAUCUGCAUAACCUAUAACAAGACCGAAGGUACUAUGAUUUUUUACCUCGUCUCCUAACUUUAACCGGCAGUAACUUUUGCACCUGUGCCCAGAACAUAUUGCUUCAGGUACAUCAUUUUUUCAUUUUAUGAAUGGACAAGACAGUUACAAUAUGCCAUAGAUCAAUGCACCCCAACCAAAAGCAGGGAACCACAAUUCUCUGAAUUUGCUUGUUUAGAACCACAUUAUGAAAUCUAAUGGUUUCUGGAUACAUUAGUGCAAGUGCAUUGUACAUAUCAUCUUCGCUAGCCAAGGGUUUCUGAUACGCUACUCUCCUCAUAAGCCCUUGGCAUACGGUGUUAAAAAAAAGUUGGGAUUUUUUUCUCAAGUUGUGA